UGUUUUGUUUUGUUUUCAGAGGGCCUCUCAAAACCCACACUCAGAGCUGUGCCAAGUAAUGUGGUAACCAUUGGGAAGCAGGUAACUCUACUUUGUGAAGGGCCCUUAGAUGCCCAGGAAUACCAUUUCUAUAAAGAAGGUAACCCACAUUCCCAGGUACCAACAGCUCAUGAAGACACUGACAAAAAGGACAAGAUCUUUAUCUCAUCCAUUAAAAGUCAUGAUGCAGGCCAAUAUCAGUGUUAUUAUAAAAGCCCUGCUGGUACAUCAGAACACAGUGACAUCCUGGAGCUGGUGGUGACAGGUGUCUACAACAAACCCACCCUGUCUGCAUGGCCAAACCCUGUUGUAACCUUAGGAGGAUCUGUGACCCUUUCAUGUAUCUCAAAUAAGAGAUACGAUGGUUUUGUUUUAAUUAAGGAUGAGCAGUUCUACAGCUCCAUGGACUCACAAUAUGUAUAUGAUGGCCAGUCUUCAGCCAGAUUCCAAGUGGGUCCCAUCACUCUCAGUGAAAGAUGGAGUUUCAGAUGCUAUGGUUAUCAUGCAAGCAAGCCUCAAGUGUGGUCAGAAGGCAGUGACAUCCUGGAGCUUCUAGUCUCAGGUGUCUACUACAAACCUACCCUGUCUGCAUGGCCAAACCCUGUUGUACUCUUAGGAGGAUCUGUGACCCUCUCAUGUACCUCAAAUCAGGGAUACAACAGGUUCAUUUUAAUUAAGGACAAGCAGUUCUCCAGCUCCAUGGACUCACUAUUGUAUAUCAUGGGCUGUCUCCAGCCAGAUUCCAAGUGGGUCCCAUCACUCUCAGUGAAAGAUGGAGUUUCAGAUGCUAUGGCUAUCACACAAGCAAGCCUCAAGUGUGGUCAGAAGGGAGUGACAUCCUGGAGCUUCUAG